AUGGCGACCGAAUACUUGCAGAGUCUUGAGGUUUUACCAAUAGAGAAAAGGGACCAAAAUCCUCCAGUGACCGGCUCGGCUGUUGUGUUCCUAGAUCAAAAGAUCGGAUCACCUCAGCACCUGGCCUCCGGCUGGAUCUACGGUAUUCCGGACACACCUGGCCAGAUCCCAGAUGAAUUCUAUACCGAGGUCGGUUUUCGAUAUGGCCGGGGUGGCGGCUCUCAACUCCCUGACACGCGAGGAUGGUAUCGCAGCAAGGCUGAUUAUGAGGCCCGGUUCCAAUCUGCGCUCAGCAACUACCGCACCACACGCAAAUAUGGGGGAAAUUUUAUAUUAUUACCAUCCGCUCUCUGGGGUGCGGACGGUGGUCAAUCAGCGGAUGCGCCUUAUCCUGGGGACAACGAUGACUGGUCUAGCUGGGACGAUCUGAUCACUACCUGGAUAAGGGACGCAAAGGCUCAUGACAUGUUAGAAGGUCUAGUUUUCGACAUCUGGAAUGAGCCGGAUUUGCAUUUCUUCUGGAAUCGACCCAGAGAGCAAUGGCUGCAACUCUGGAGUAGGACUUAUCGUGUAUUGAGACGCGAAGUACCGAAUGUUCGUAUCAGUGGACCAUGCUUCAGCGAAGGCCCAGACAUUAACGGCGAGUGGUGGAAUGAGUACUUGGCUUUUGUGAAGCAGGACAAUAGCGUCCCAGACGAAUGGUCGUGGCACAUGGAGCAAGGACAUGGCAAUAUGUCAACAUCCAUGUCCACCUUCAGAGAGCUCCUGAACCGGUAUUCGAUCCCUGAAAGCGGCAUUAUCAACAUCAAUGAGUAUGGAAUCUGGGCAGAACAGGUACCGUCUGCAGCAGUGUGGUUCAUCUCGCAGCUGGAACGGGAGAACGCCUUUGGCUUGCGAGGAAAUUGGACCAUUGCUGGCUCGUUACAUGAUUAUCUCGCAGGAUUGGUAUCCAAGCCCGGAGCAGGAACAGAGAAAUACUCAUCAACUUCGACUGGAUACUAUCCGACGGCUGAAUAUCACGUCUACAAAUACUAUGGAUCGGAGAUGAAUGGUCAGAGGUUAAAGACGAGCUCGAAUGAUAAGAGAGAUGGCGAGGCUUAUGCAGUGCUUGGAACUGAUAAGGUGCGGAUCCUGGCCGGCUCGCGUAAUGCGACGGGAAACUGGGCUGUUGAUGUGAGAGGUGGAGAGACGGUGGGGUACGCUAGUGGUGAGGAGGUUGAUGUUCGAGUGUUGGAGUUCAGUGCUAAGGAUAAUCACUUCGACGAAAGCGAAGGCCCGAAAGAACUAGGAAUAAGGAAAGCGACUUGGCAAGAUGGAAGCUUGCGACUUGAGAUCCACCAGGAGAACCCUUUGGUCGCAUAUGCGUUCGAGUUUGCUAUCAAGGUAUAGAUAGAACAUAAUGUGAGC